AUGUCCAGCGACUCCAGUGAAAUCGAUGUGAUCAGAACACGAAUAACGGACUACAGCGAUGAAGAUGGCCCUGCCCUUUAUGCCUACCAGUCGAAACCUUGCCCGCUUUUCAACGUGGAAGACGUGCUCCCGGAAACGCCGUGCCAAGAACGACCUCAAACGGUUGGGGACGUGCUGACCCACUGCCGGAUCAUCCGCGAUUCGAUUCAGACGCUGGAUAAGAAGUUCAACGUCAUCCGGGGCAAGGUCUUGAAACUCCACCGUCUCCAAGUGAAAUCGGUGUGGCAGAGCCACAGGGCGUUUGGCUUCUUCUCCUACAAAACUUUAAGCUACCCGCUCUCUCUAAGGCUCAAAUACCAAAGGGCCAGAAAGAAGCACGACCGUUGCGGUUUCCCUGCCCGCGCGGGUGGCCGCCGGGCUCUGCUGGUCAUGCAGCCAAGGGCGGAGGGAACGAACAACGAGGCUUCUCCCGCGGAAGCCUCAGCUCCCACCCAGGGGGCUCUGAUGGAGGCGCAGCAGGAGAAGCCCAGAGGGCCUCAGGAUCCGCCGACGCUCUCCUCCCGUGCUGCACGCUCCUUGCCGCCGUGUUUCGUCUCCGAGGAGAAGCUGAAGGGCGAGGGGCCCUCUUCCCAGCCCUCCGGCAGCCGCCACCCUGCGGCCCGGCUUCCUGCAGCCUUCCCCGAAACGGUGCUGCCCGUAGGGGAGCAGCCUCUGACGGGUCACCCCGAGCCGACGGCGAGCACCACUCCGCUGGGAUUGAAGAGACGCAGCCAGAGCACCUGCUCAUCUCUCUACCGCCUCCUCUCCAAGGCAGGCUCUUCAGCGAGAGCCCGCCGCAGCCCUUCCGAUCCUGCGACCUGGUCCGUGGAUGAAGUGAGCCUGUUUCUGAAACAAAAUUUUGCUGAGAGCCUCGGCCCUCUUGCCGACCUCUUCCGGGAGCACGACAUCGACGGCGAAGCCCUGCUGCUCCUCACCAGUGACGCCAUGGUGAAGUACAUGGAUCUGAAGCUGGGAACGGCCCUGAAGGUGUACGGCCACAUCGAAAGACUUAAAGAGAAAAAGUACCCGAACAACUGA